AUGAAAUUAUUUGAUUCAGAGUUCGAGAAACUCCUCAAAGAAGAUCCAAACGGCGAAAGAAGAAAGCAGAAAAAGAAAAACUCUUCAGAUGAAGAAGAUGUAGUUCUCGGGAGAUUGCCUAAAAAGCUCAUUUCUAACAGUAGUUGCUCAUCACAACCACCAAAAAAACACAUUUCAAACACAAUUCAAAACGAAGUUUCAACACUGAACAUUCCAUCACAAGGUUAUCGAAAAUACGAAGUAACAUCGUCAAGAACUCCAUCAGAAAUAUCAAAAUUAAAUUAUGAAUUAAAUUACGAAUUAAACGUUUCUAUUGGAACAGAAGUUCUUUCAUCGGAUAAACAAACAUCUACGAUCAAACCUGUUUACUCAGAUGCAGAAGUUCAAACAGAUUCAACGAAAUACGCAACAGAAAGUGUAAAUACACCAUUAAGACCUUCUUCUGCACGUUCAUUAUCUGCAUUCUCAAGCCAAUCUAGUUUUGACAAUGGUGGUGUAGUUCUCGACGUCAAUGAUACAUCAGAAGUUGAUUUUGUCAAAUCAUUAGGUCAAGAUUUCAUUUUAGUUAACAGAAAUCCAACAAAUGAAGAACUCAAUACACUACAGAAACUUCCAAAAGCAGUUGGUUUGUAUUUGGCAACGUCAAAUGACUUAAUUUCAUAUUUACUUCCAGGAACACAUAAUUGCGUUUACUACAACUCACCAAUGAAGCGUGUGUAUCCAUUAGAUAAUGAUUUGACCCAAAUAACUGAAGAAAAACUUAAAUUUUUGACAAAUAAUUUUGAUUAUUUACAAAAUGAGAAAAGAACAUUCAACAACAUCAAAUAUGGAUCACUUAUAACAGAUAACAACCAAUUAUUUGAUAUUUCAAGGAAAACUUCAUUCUUUUUGAUUUAUAAUCCGAAAUUUGACUUCAAAAAUUUCAAAAACUUCAAAAAUCUGCCACAAAAUCUUCCAUUCUUUGUUGUAUCGAAUAGAGAAGUCGUUGAAACUCUUUUUCCAGAGAUAGAUUUUUCAAAUAAUUUAUAUUUUUACAGGAAAGAUGAUUCUAGUUUGAUAAAAGCCGAAAACAUUGAUUCCGCGUUCGAUGUCGAAAAUUUUUUGGAAGAAAAUAAUUAUAAUAAUAAUUUUGAGACAAGAACGAUAAAUAAUAUUAAAUAUGGCACAAUUAUCAAGAUAAAAGCUGAUUUAGCGUCAAUUAAAGCUUCAAAAACCGAAUUUUUAUUAUUUGAUCAUAUUCCGAACAAAAAUGAGAUCAACGCUAUCAGGGAUAUUCCUUUCUUCAUCUGUAUUGAUGAAUACAUUCUGAAAUUGUUUAAUUGUCAAAAAACUGGAAAAAAUAUUUUCAAAUUUACAAAAGAAGACGAAAUUGAGACAUAUAAUGAUGUUAACGAUAUCCAAUACAAAGAGAAUAAGAAGAUAGAUGAUCUUGUUUAUGGUUCUUUGCUUGAAUUUCCUGAAGAUAUCCAAAAAGUUUUGAAAUCAAACAAAAACGUUAUUUUUAUUUCUGAAAACUAUGAAAACAAAGAAAUUUUUGAAGAUUUGCCAGAAAAUUGUUGUUUUUUCGAGAUUUCAAAUCAAAAUCUUUUUGAUUACUUUUCUGAUGGAUAUCGGACGAAGACAGGAAUGGUAAUGUAUAGAAGUGUAGAUGGGAAGUGUUUUGACAUGGAAAAAACGUUUUCAAAAGAAAAAUUAUCUGAAUUUAUUCAAAAUCACGAAAUCGAGCCAAUAUUUAAUUCAGAUGAUAGAGAAUUCAAUUAUAUAAAGUUUGGCUCGUUAAUUCGAACAGAAAAAAAAUUAAAUUCGAUAUCAAAUAAUUAUUUUGUUUUAAAUCAUAUUCCGAGGCAAAAAGAGAUUGCUAUGUUUAAGUAUCUUCCUUCUAAUGUUGGAUAUUUCGUUGUUACCGCUCCAAAACUUUUGGAAAAAUAUAAUAUUCCAAAUGACGAUGAAAAUCAUGUUUGUUUUGUAUCAAACAACUUUGUUGAUAAUAUUGACUUCAAUUUGACAUCUGAAAACCUCUCAAAUUAUCUCAAAUUGUUUAAUUUGUCAAAAUUACAUCAAAAUCUAUUUCCAAAGGAUGUUUUCAACAAAGUUCUUGAUAUAAAUGGUGAUUGUUUCAUUGUUGGUCCUCAAAACAAAGCUUUGGAACUUAAAUCUCAAAAUGAAAAUUUAAUUUUAGUUGAAAAUCAAAAUUUAGAUGAUAAUUCUAUAGUUUACAUUCCUAGAUAUAUGAAUUAUGUUGUUCCUUAUCAUGAUUUAAUUAAUUUAGAGAGUUUUGAGAAAUUCUUAAAAUCAAAAGAGAAAAAAUUCGAAAAUCUUGAGUUUGGAACGAGAAUUACAUCAGAAGAUGUUAAAUUACUUAAAGAGAAAGGUUAUAGCUUCUAUUUAGUCAAUGAUUCCUGUAAUUUAACUCGAAUUCCGCCAAUGAUCGGAUAUUUUUUGGUCGAUGACGAAAUUUUGAGGGAAAAUUACCAAAACAAUGGAGAUAUAAAGUCAUUGUACUAUUGUUCAAAGAAUCAGAGGUGGUUUCCGUUUAAUUCUUUGUUUAUUGGCUCAGAAAUACAUGAAUUCUUAAGUUCUGUGUACCAACAAGAGCCAGAGACAAAGUUAAACGAGAUAAAUGAUGAAAGAAUGAUUUGUUCUUUGAAUUUCGGAAAAAUUUUAUCAAAUGAAAAAGAAAUUAAGGAGUUACAACAAAGUAACUGUUCAUUCUUCCUGUUUAAUUGCAAUCCAAGCGAAAGAAUCCUUCAAAUCUUCCAAGAUUUGCCUUUUAAAGUCGGAUUUUAUCUUAUUCAAGAUAAAUCUCUUUUGAAAACAUUGGAUUCCUCGUUUAAUGAUUUCCCUGAAAAUAAGAUAGUGUUCUAUAACUCAAAAACUUCUCAAAUUGUUCCUUUUGAUUCCGCAUUAACAGAAUUGAGUUUUUGGAGCUUCACAGACAGCCAAUUAUUCAGCGAAUAUCAUGAUGUUCAAUCAUACAUGUCAAUGAGUCUAAGACAUGUUUACAACGGCUCUUUUGUUGUUCGUCCUUCUCAUAUCAAUUUGAUAUUGAACUUUGACUUUUUCCUAUUUAGUUAUAAACUGAAUGAUGAUGACAAAGAAGUCCUUUCUGUGCUUCCUGACAGCGUACAUUACUUUAUUUGUCCUUCAAAUGAAGUAAUGAAAUUUGUCUUCCCGGAAUACGAACCGAAAUCAAAUACAUUGUUUUACAAUCACAGGAAUAAUAUGAUCAUUGACUUUUCAGACGAAUUGAACAAAGAAAAUUUAUUAAAAUUAUUAUAUGACCAAAAAAUCUUAAUUCAGCCACCACAAGCUCCAUCAGAAGAGAAAUCGAUGAAUCCGAGGUUCGCAAACAGAAAUCAGUCAUAUACAAGCAAAAUUGAAGAAAUUAGUCCUUCAGAAGACAUUUUUGACAGCGAUGAUUACAAUGAUGUUGAUGAUGAGACAAAUCCCGUUGGUUAUGACUCUGAAAAUGAAGUUGAAGAAAAAAAUACCAAACUUGAGAAUUCUGAGUCAAAUGAAACAGACAAAUAUGAUAAAACUAUUGAAAGUGAAUCAAGUCUCUUAUCUGAUUUAAUUCACGAACUUGAUUACAAAAUCCAGCAAAUUGGAAGAGAUUCGACUGUUCGUCUUUCACUUCGCGACUUAGCUGACCAAGCAAAUCAGAUAUUCGAGAGAGAAGAGAUCCCGGUAGAAGAAAUUGAAGAUGAUAUUUUGCAUAAAAUGAUCGAUUCAAGCGAUAUUGAGGAAAUAAUGGAGUACGAUGAAGAAGAAGACAAUACUGAAGAAAAAUCCGACGAAAACGAAGAUCCAUUCGCUCAAUUUGAAACAAAUCAACCUGAUUCUGAAGAAAAAGUGGAAAAGAAGUCAUCGCGUAAGAACAGAAAGUCUAAAAUCCCUCUUAAGCAACGAAAAACUCAUGAUGACAUUGAAAUUGAAGAUACAACAGAAAAUAUUGAGGAAAAAGAACUGAAUAAAGCCAUCGAAGAUGAAAUAUUAGGUCAAUCAUCAAUUCCUGAUGAUGUUCCACGCGAUAUUUUCGGAUUUCCUUCGACAAAACCCUAUCAAAUGAAAAAGAUCAACGAAAAAUUCUCAGAUUUGAAGAGUCUUUGGCUUAUUAUCAAACGUAGAUACAUUGCUCUAUCAAAAAAAGGCCAUUCUCACUUCCCAUGGACGAGAGACAGAGCAGAAGCCAUUUCAAACUUAAUAGAAAGGCAAAGAAAACUCCAUGAACUGGCAUUUUACAAUAGAAGAAUCCGCGCUUUGACGAGAGCAAAUCUACAGUUAAGAACAAUGCCGGAAGUAGGUUAUACUCGAUUGAUUCGAAACAGAGAAGGAAGAAGACUGGAAUUAUCUAUUUUGGCCGCAAACAAAAGAAUAGAAAUUCUCAGAAAAGCGACAAGUGUCGAUGAAAAUGGAAGAUCUCAGUACAUGAUUGAAAACGAGAUAGAGAAACAGAGAGUGAAGAUGUUGGUGAACCUUUCCAAGAGAAAGAAGGCUGUCAAUGAUUUGCAAUUGGAAGUUAAUGAACUUUCGCAAACAUUGGCUGAUUUAGAAAGAAGAAUUAGUUUGAUGACUCAAAAAGAUUCAAUUUACACAAAGUUUUUCACAAGAAAAGUGAAACCUCCUGAAGAAACAAGAGUUCCAACAGCUCCUAGAGCAAGGAGACAUUAA